UCGGGAGAAGUUUUUAUGUGUAGUUUUCGAUUCCAGAAUUGAUUAUGGAGUCAUGAGCGGUAAAAAUCUAAUAUAGUUUUAUUUGUUGGGUACUAAGAAUAAGUUUAUGUGCACAUAUGAAGUCAAACAUAUUUAAAAGCAGAACAGGAUGUUACCUUAUUCACAGUAACACAGUGCUUGCUUCCUCAGAGAGCUUUGGCAACUGAAAGGAGCUGCAAAACCAACAGUGUUAUGAAGAAGAACUCUGGUUCCUCCCAGAAACUGGGUUCAUUUCUAAGUCCAGGGGCACCAAGCAAUAAAGAAAAAAGUGUAGAGAGCCAAAAGUGGUGGAGCUCAGAGAGGAUGUUGCAACCAGCAAGCAGCAGUAGAAGACAGUCCAGUGUGGCUUCUUCUGGUUUAACACCCUUCAACAGUGGAAGAACAAUACCUUCCAAAUGGGAUGAUGCUGAGAGGUGGAUUUGCAGCCCUGUUUCAAGCAGCUAUGCUAAUAACCAACAUCAAUUACCGCGGCGGCCGAAAUCAAAAAGCGGUCCGAUUGUGCCUCCCGGAGCAGGGUACUACUCGAAUUACUCGCCUGCAAUUCCGCUGAGACGCCAAAGUAUGGUUGUGAAAAACUUAAUGAUGAGUUCACCUUUUUCAACAGGAGUUUUGGCACCAGAUGCUCUUUCUCUUCACCAUUAUUAUGCAGCACAUGACACUGUUUUUAGUCCCCUUUAUGAUGAUGAUGAUGAUGAUACUGACAAUGAGAUACAAUAUUCUAGUUCUGAGCUCAACCAGAAUGGUGUUGCUCUUCCAUCAGUGUCUAGUGCACCCAUGUGGUCAGAAUUGCUUUGUGACCCUUCUUCACCUAACUUUCAAGAUGAGAAAUGUAAUGGAACUAAGAAUGAGGAAACUGAGGUAUCUCCUUUCUUAAGACGCGAUCAAGGUACCCAAAUGAGCCUUCCAGAAACUGAGAAUGAUUCAGCACACUCGUCUGCAAAAUCCUCCCCCAGUUUGGCCAUGAAUCCAAAAAAUUGUAAUUCAAGUAAGUUAGAGGUCAGAGAUGUGCAAGUAGACAAUCAAGCUCCUGUUAAUAAGUGGUCUAAGCAGAACCAUCUACAUGAUGAAGACUUACAGAGAAGUAGUAAAGAAGCUCAAGCCUCAAGUUUGGAUAUUGCAGAGUCAACAUUGGACAUUUCCAAGUUUCACAGAGAGGAAGCCAAAAUCAUUGCUUGGGAGAGUUUGCAGAAGGCAAAGGCUGAAGCUGCAAUACGAAAACUCGAGAUGAAAUUGGAAAAGAAGAGAUCCUCAUCAAUGGAUAAGAUUCUAAAAAAGUUGAGAAGGGCUCAGAUGAAAGCUGAAAAGAUGAGAAGCUUAACACCUGUACAACAACAGGGUCACAGGGUUUGCAAGACUUGGAAGGUAUUUUCAUUUCCCAAAUGGUCUCCUAGCAGAUGCUUCAGCAGCCAUGCUCUGUGAUCAGUACUAUUUACAAGCUAUGAAAUCAUCAAGAUUUUUGUCCAUGUAAACUCAAUAGGAAAGAUCAUUUUUCAAUCACAUCCCCUUGUUUAUUUAGCCUGCUGCACUUUCGAUCUAUAUGUGAAUACACAACAUUGGCAUUGCCAUAAUGCCAUUAGAUUAUUGGGCAGUGCAUGACACAAAGAAUAAAAGCCUUCCCUACAUGUGUUACUUGUA